AUGGCAUCCUCUGGUUCUGUCACUGGCUCCCCUUGUGGUGCAUGCAAGUUCCUGAGACGAAAAUGCGCCUCUGACUGUAUAUUUGCUCCUUAUUUCUGCUCGGAACAAGGCCCCGCAAGGUUCGCCGCCAUCCAUAAAGUCUUCGGUGCUAGCAAUGCCUCCAAAUUGUUGCUGCAUGUCCCUGCUCAUGAUCGUUGUGAGGCGGUCUUCACCAUUGCUUAUGAGGCUCAAGCAAGGAUUGGAGAUCCUGUUUAUGGUUGCGUUGCUCAUAUUUUCGCCUUACAACAACAGGUGGCGUAUCUACAAGCUCAGUUAAUGCAAGUGAAAACUCAACUAGCUCAAAAUGCUAUGAAUUCACAUCACAUGGAGAAUCAAUGGCAAGGAAAUCUUUGUGGUAUUGUGCCUUCCUUUACUAGUUAUCCAACAACCUACGUGAACCCCAUUUCUCCACAGAGCUCACUCGAGUCGGUUGAACUCAACAGUGGUGAUGCCAUGAAAACGCAAGAAAUACAAAGCAGGGAGGAGUUUCAUCCCCUUAGGAAAAGACCCUACAAUAAUGAUCUGGGUGAGCUUCAAGCACUCGCCCUUAGAAUGAUGAGGAACUGA